AUGGCUGACCAGUACAGUAUGUUUCUCACCACGGCACCCCCCCUCCGACGAGGAAGCACACCCCUUCCUGUCAAGCACCAGCUGCGGAGAGAAGAAGCCGUAUCAGACGACUGUGAUUGGAUCCCAGGAUUGGAUGAACCUGCCACAUUGCCUAUCAGCGACACAACAUUGCCUCGUGAUGAAUCGUUCAAUCAAACGUCAGCAGCACAGUCAACCUACCACAGUCAUGGGGGGGCACUGAAGAUUGUGCUACUAGGACAGAAUGGCGUGGGCAAGUCGUCAUUGGCCUUAUCACUGGCUGGCCAGUCGGACAGAUCCCUUUCUGUGGACUCUGAGACCCAAGCUUGUGGUGAGGGCUACGAGUGCACAGUCACAGUUGACGACGAGGACAGCAAAGUCAUCAUUUUUGACAAUUGGAAACAGGACCUGUCCACUCUACAGUGUGAUGUGUGUAUCCUGGUCUUCUCCGUGACUGAUAGGCGAAGUUUCCAUCGCACUGCACAGCUCCGCCUUCUCCUCAGGGAGUCACAACCUCACACGCCAAUCAUCCUGGUGGGCAACAAGAGUGACCUUGUCCGCUCCCGUGAAAUCAGUGCUGAGGAGGCCCAAUCCAGCGCCAUGAUGUUCGACUGCCAUUACCUUGAGCUCUCAGCGUCCCUGGAGCACGGCACUAAUGAGCUGCUCGAGGCGGCUGUUCGGGCGGCAAGAGGCGACAGUUUAGGGCCCAACUGGACUGACGGUGACCCUGGUUCUGGUCGCAGAGAAAGCCUGACCAGCCGGGCCAAACGUUUUCUGGCAGGGCUAGUUCCACGCUCCUACGGACGAGAACGUGACAGGGGACGGUACCGAGAGAUGAGCCGCCAUCGGGGCAGCAAAAUCCUUCGCCAGAAGUCUCGAUCCUGCCACGACCUCAGCGCACUGUGA